AUGCCGGCCGCCGUCACGUCUCCGCGCCACCAGGUGCCUGGAGUUGUCGCAUUUGCCGAACUUCUCGACGGCCUCCUGUCACGCUCAAUGGAAGUCAAGUCUGCGCCCACGAUCGAGCCCGCGUUACAAAAGGCAGACUUCGGCAACCUGGACGAACAACUUGGAUGCGUUCUCACGACGCCGCAACAGGAAAAUGGAGCCGGUGUUGCGAUACUGAAUAAGGCGCAACAGUUCGCAGCCAUUGAGACUGCCGUACGGAACAUGUUCAGCAACUUGAUUGCCACCACACCCAUCGAAUCCCCGAAUUUCGUCAAGGUCUGGAACCUGUUCGACCUCCUGACCAUUCUCUCCGAUGAUGAAAAGUGCGACCCGGCUCUGCUUUUCUGGUUAGUGGAGGAGCUCCUAGACAGCCAGACCAUCGCCGGGUGCCGCAAGAUUUUCGACUUCCUCGAAUCAAGGCGUGAAAGGAUUACUGUCAAACACUUCAAACAGAAGCAGUUGGUCAUUCUGCGCAGCUGCAACGAGCUGCUACGACGCUUAUCUCGUGCUGAGGAUACAGCCUUCUGCGGCAGGGUCUUCAUCUUCAUGUUUCAGAGCUUCCCCUUGGGCGACAAAAGCUCUGUCAACUUGCGUGGAGAAUACCACGUCGAAAAUGUUACCGUAUUCGACGAUGUUGGCGCGAAGACAGACGCAACGCCAGAGCAGAUGGAUGUAGACAGCCAGAACGAGGUCAAGGAAGGCGACGCAAAGUCUCAGACGAAGGCAGUGUCGUUUGACGCGAAGAAGCCAGCACAGGCUGAUCAGCCGCUUGAUCCCGAUGCACUAUAUCCGCAGUUCUGGUCGCUUCAAGAAACAUUCAGCCAGCCCAAAAAACUGUUCGAUCCUGCCCACUUGACGAGCUUCAAACGCGGACUAGAAGCAACCUUGACGUCUUUCCGGGUCAUUCAGAACGAACAAGGUCAGCGACCACCCAAGACAGUGGAUGAGGCACAGCGGAACUUGAAGAGGAAACGAGAGGAUGUGGAAGAGAGCGACCUAGCAAAUUCUUAUAACCCCAAAUAUCUUACGAGCCGUGAUCUCUUCGAGCUUGAGAUGAGCGAUAUCUCUUUCCGCAGACACAUACUUGUUCAGGCGUUAAUUAUUAUGGACUUCCUCCUAUCACUGUCAAGCAAGACGAAGGAAAAGCUGGCCGGUAAUGCCCAGAACAAAUCGGUGAUUUAUCUUGGCCAGGUCUUGAGCGAAGAAGAUACCAAGUGGGCCUCGGAAAUGAAGAGGACGAUUGUCGACAAGUAUCUUAAACAUGGCGUCGAUGGCCCGUACUUCAGCCGUAUGGUUGAGACGGUCCUCGCGAGAGACAAGAAUUGGAUUCGCUGGAAGUCUGAGAACUGCCCAUCGAUUGAGCUGCCAGCCGUGUCUCCAGAGCUGUUUCUCGAGGCAAAGAUGGUCGCCCAACGUUCGACGACCAACAAGCGUUUGAGGGCCAUGCCGAUGGGCUCUCUACCACUUGGAUUCUUGGAAGACGGCGAUGACGAAAUUGCCAUGCAAAAGCUGAAGGCUGAAGAAAGGUACAGCCUGCCAGAUCUUGAUGGCUUCAAGCGGAAGAUCGCCGACGAUGACUUCGAGAUCGACAUGCCAACAAACAACCAAACCAAGGCCGCUGCGGUUGAGAGCAAAGCCAGCAAAAGCUGGCGAGCCCUUCGGAUAGCUAGCAAAUCGAGAUUGGCUCUCUUUGACAAAAUCGAUGACCCAGAAAAGAUCGAUGCCGUUUUCGAAGAGCCAGUCGAUGUAGACGAAAGUGAGGUUGCUCCAGAGGAGGCAGUGAACAACGACAAUAUCCCAGAAGACAAACGGCCAAUCAUAGUUUCAGGACCGCCUGGAGCUGGCAAAGCGACGCUCUUCAACCUCCUCGCAGAGCGGCGUCCAGGUGCAUUCACGCGCGUACCCCGGCAUACCACAAGAAAGCCACAAGAAGGCGAGGUCGACGGCAAGCACUUCCACUUCGUGGAGCCACAAGCCUUCAAUAUGUUGAGGGACGGCGAUGCGUUGUUGGAAUUUACUACUAUCGACAAGGUAGACUAUGGUACGAGUCGCAAGGCGGUGGAGGCAGUUGCCGAAGGCGGGAAGGUCCCAGUUAUGUAUAUGGAUAGCGAGGCUAUUCAGCAGGCGCGUGACCUUGGUUAUUUAGCACGGAGCGUCCUCGUUCUGCCGCCGACUACGGAGGUCUUGGAGGAACGCCUCAAGAAGGCAGAAAAAGGCGAUGUCGUUGUGCAAGAGGCCCUCGCCAAAGCAACUCCUUAUUUUGAGGCUGACUCAAAGCUGAAGGAGGGGUUCGAUUUUGUUCUUACCAAUGGAGAUUUGGAUACAACUUUGAAGGCUCUCGAGGGAUGCAUUUACGGCAACGCCGGGGUGGAGCUUAUGAAUGGUCAGCCGAAAGGCGAGACGGUCGAAGGAGCAGAUGAGGCCAUGAAUGAUGCGUCGGCCGAGGAACCAGGAGCACCACAGGAACCCCAGGUAAGCGAAGAGGCAGGGGAAGCAAAUGAGGGCGAAGUGGAUGCUGCGCCAGCGGAAUCGAUGGAAGUAACACAGACCGGGGAGGCCGGUGAGAUCAAGGAAGCUCAGGAGGCGUCUUAG